AUAGUUCCGUUCUUGUAAUUGCCGUUUGAUGCGUAAAUCACAGGAGCAGAACAGCAAGUCGGCACGCGGGUUGUGUUAACCGCGGGGACCAUUGACAACAAUCAAAUCAUAGCACCGUUUGACUUGUGUAAUUCUAUAAUCCACAAUUCUAGUUUCUUAAUGACAAAGGUAACACUCGAUUAUAAGGCACCCUAGUCCAUACCCCGGUUUCUCAACUCUCAACUAACCACCCCCACCAUGGAGGCGCCUCUGUUAUUAUCGGAGAAGAGAACUGGAUCGAUUGAAGAAGAGAGUGGAAAAUGGAGCUCGUAUCAGUAUGUGGGUGGAACCGGUUCUGUGAGGCCAACUUCUUCAUUGGCUGGAACUGAGGUGAGUGUGGAUGAAAUUCGAUCUGCUGCUGCUGCUUCUGGUUACUAUCCCCCUUCCCUUCAUGGAGCCUUGGUUGGUUCACCUGAGCCUGAUCCUACAGAGCAAGCUCUUGUUUAUCAGGGUGGAUAUGGAGGAGAUUAUGGUGGACCCACACCCCAAUUCCAGAGGAAAAUCUUGGAUGAAGUGGAGAUACGAGAGUUGCUCAUUGAUCAUGUUGGUCAUCGUUGCUGUUGGGGUAGUCGUCCUGCUCGAACAUGGAGGAUUCAUGCAGUGGAAGACUGUAAUGUAUAUGUAGGAACUCUGGAUACAUUUAUAGAGGAAAGAGAAAUCAUAAGAGAGACAGAACCAUACCUUGGUGGCAGUAUUGACGGAAAGGAUAAUGGACCUGAACUUGGUAUUUGGGAAUUGGAUCUAAGAUCUCAGUUCCCUGUUCUAUUUGAACCCUAUAAAGAAGUGCGGGAAAAGAUUCCCCAUUCUGAAGUUAUAGAAAAGUGCACAGUUUGUGCAGGACGGGGAAGUACAGUCUGUGCUACAUGCAAUGCAGACCAAGAACCUGGAUUUUAUAAGGAAAAUCAGAUGACUCAGUGUGCAACUUGUUAUGGAAGGGGUUUAAUCGCUCAUAAAGAUGGUUCUGACACUGUAUGUGUGAAAUGUAAUGGCAAGGGAAAGAUUCCUUGUGUAACAUGUGGAUCUCGUGGACUAAUUCAGUGUGCAACAUGUAAUGGAAGUGGUUCUCUUCUAGCACGCAAUCUGGCCAUUAUUCGAUGGAAGACACUUUCAACUCGGAAAGUAAAUGCAACAAGUGGAGCAGCAUCAGUACCGGAUGAAGUUUUCCAUAGAUCCAAAGGGGUUCAAUUGUGCAACACUCAAGCAUACCAAUGCACUCCAGCCUUUUUUGCUGAUUCUUAUUUUCUCAACAAAUUCUCUUCUGAUGUCAUUGCAGAAAGAGCUCAAGUGCCUGCCACUGCAAGGGUCAUAUGUGAAAGGCAUGCAAUCUCAGUUGUGCCAGUAACUCGUGUCACCAUGGCUCAUCGUCGACAAUCCUUCAGUUUCUACAUUAUAGAAUAUGGCAGAGAGGUGUAUUUGAAGGAUUAUUACCCUGCUAGAUAUUGUUGGGGCCUGUGUCCUUGUUUGGAGUGGUUGAAGUUGUAAUGUUGAAACUGUUCUUCCUGGCAGCAUUGGGCAGUUGUAAAGGUUUCAUCUACACAUUUGUGAGUUCUGUGUUUGUUCAGUUUGAUAAUAACACCAGCAGAUUUCAGGGUUUGAGGGCUGAGCAGAUGAACUUUAUGAUAUGAGGAAAUAGGUUAUGCAUUGAUAAUGUAAAAUAAUUUUACACUGUCAUCCAAUUACUAAUCACUAUGUAUUGUAAGUUUGUUAACUUUUACGAUAACUAUUUUAAAAGUCUUAUCAAUGGUGAUUUCUAAUUGGUUGGUUGUAGUGUAAAGAUUUUAUACCAACAGCGCAUAACUAUUAAACUGUUAUCAUUUAAUCCAUUGGCUUUAUGGAUCACUGCUGUGAGGUUAUAUUUAUGAAAUAAGGUCAGAUUCAAGUUGAGUGUUAAUUGUGAAUUCUUGAUGUUACUGUGAAUUAUUUAAAUAAAAGACAAUCCCUAUCAGUUUUGUCUUAAUCA